AUGGAUUCGCCAGCUGGAGGUCCCUCUCCGCAGCGGUGCGGAUCAGGCGGAUCAGGUACCAGCGGCUCACCUGUGGGACCCAAGCCCAGAAGUCGUGCCAACAGCAUUGCUUCAGGCGGUGGCUCAUUCCACUUGGUGGAAGUGGGGAGCAAAAGCCGGUCCAAUCAUGGCUCGCCCGACUUGGGCGUGAAGACCGCUCCUGAGGGAGGAGGUGGACCUUGGAGCUUGGAUUCCUGGGGCCCCAACCCACAUCCUCGGCAGAGUUGGGCUGAACAGAUGGAGAGUGAAGAGUCUCCAGCACAGCAUCCGCCAGAGCGCAAAGGUGAGUCAGCAGAUGAAAGCUUUGACCCACAGAUGUUCUUGGGCGAAUGGUUGGACAACUUGGGUCACAAGAUCGUGGUCACACCUGCCUCGCAACGCUUCGGCCGGAAUCCGCGCGGACGUCAACCACGGUUGGCAUUCACUGCCAACUUGCAGAAGACCGGAGUUCCAGACAAGAGAUUCACCAUCUCGUUGGAUCGUUGGCAGCAGUGGCGCUGUGGGAAUGGCACCUUGCUCCAAGAGGAGAGCAAUCAGGAAUUCUUGACCUGGGAGGCUGAAGAUGGACGAGUGAGCAAUUGGGAAAGGCCAGUCCCAGAGGGCCCGGUGUAUUUCGAUGCUCCACCCGAUUGGAAUGAGAACGAGUGGCAGAUGCCAGGUGAUGGUUAUGGCCAGUGGGUUGCCGUAGAUGUCACCGAGAUGCCUGGGCAGGCCUGGAGCUUCAACCCCCAUGCCACUGAGUUUAAUCCUCACGCCCCAGAGUUUGUACCAUCUGGGCCCUCCCCGGAUGCUCGGAUGCCGCGCCGGGCCUAUGCCUCGCCCAAGGGAACUCCAGUGGUUUCUCCCGCGAUUGUUCCAGGUUGGGGACGAACGCCCACGCCUUCGCCGAUGAUCCGACCGGUGGGCUCGCCCUUGUUGCAGGGGCUUCUGCCGGACUUGAGUGACCCGGGUGACUUCACCUUGCCCGCGGCGAUCGAGCUUCAGCUCGUGGAAGAAGGUCCGGAUGCCUUGGUCUCAGGCUCCCGCUUUGAUUGGACCGUCUCGGACCCCUGGCGGGAACUCUGCAAGUUUCCCAAGGACUCCUGUGUGAUGUCACCCACAUUCAGUAUCCAGGAAGGACAGAUGCAGCUGUCCUUCUACCCCAACGGCAGCCGUGAGGCGGAGCCGGGGCAUUGCUCGGUGGCCUUAUCGCGCGGACCUGACUGUCCUGGGAUCAAGUUCGAGUUCUCGGUCAACGGCAAAACCACGGGCCCCAAAGUGUGCUUGGGACGACGCUACCUAGGCGAUUACAUCAAGCCUUUUGAGGAUGAUGGAAAUGCGUCCCGGGUAGUGGUGUCAAUGAAUGUGCUGGAAAUCAUUCAGGGCCGCUAA